AUGCCAACAAAGUAUCCAUCAUUAGCUCAGUUUAACGCUAAACUUGUUUUUCCAAAGUUUCCGGAUUAUAAGAUUGUUGAAGUUUCUGAUUUCGAUUCUUCGAAUGAAGAGUCCGAUGAUAAUGAGAAGGACGAAAGGAAUGAUCUUUCAUCUCAACGUUCUCAGUACCAGAUACUGCCCAAAGAGGGAGUUUCACGCCUUGAUCGAAUCAGAGGUUUGGAUGGGACUAUCGAUCUCGGUUUACAACGGAGUGAUUUUGCAAAGGAUGAGAUCCCCGAUAUGAAAACAAGAAAAUUGAUAAGUUAUGACGAUGAAGGAAAGGUAGAACUGAAAAGAGGUGAACCUAAUACAAAAGUGCUGACACCAUCAGGUGGUUCAGUUGGUAUCAACUUUGAAUUUGGGGACCGUGGGUCGUCGUGGAGAAUGAUGAAAUUGAGUAAACUUGGGAAAAAUCCAUCGGAGUCGAAGAUCUUUGAACAAUAUGCGACAUUAUGGGAUUACCAGCUUGCAUGCGAGGAAAGGGAGGAAUUAGAGAGUCGAAAGAUUAAAAAGAGGUCCGAAUGGCUAUAUGGACCAUCCCAGAAGUUACUUGCCUCUAGGGAAGAGCAUGUGAAGAUGAAUAUGGAAGUUGUCAAAGGUUUCAAGAGCAAGGGAGAUGAUAGGGGACGAAAUACAAGUGAUAGAGUUAUCAAGAUGAAAAGGUAUGGCGAUGUCAAAACAUCCAAGUCCAAGAAGUUAAAGAACGAAUUGAAGUUGGCGCAUUUGACAAGUCUGGACUAUGAUGAUGAUAAUGGAUUCGCACUAUCGAGAGAGCAGAUUGAGUCGUUAACAACCUCACCGUAG